AUGAUCUCAAAGCACCUUGGUCGUCUAAUUGUGUUAUCAGCAUUUGUAGCACUUUGUGCUAUUGUGCUGUUUCCCACAGAAGCAGAGGCUGGUGGAUAUGGAAGUGUCUCCAAGUAUCGGGGCGAUGUGAAACGACGCUAUCCAUUCCAUCCUGGGUAUCCAUUUAAACGUGGGUUCCCAGGAAAAUACAGAGGACGAGGAAAACUCGGUAGAGGAAGAAGAGGCAAGUUCGGAAAGAAAUACGGAAAACGCCGAGGAUUAAAACGAGGCAGGGGAUACGGACGACGAAAGGGACUCAAGAAAGGAAGGGGAAGGAAAUAUAAAUUUGGAAGGAGAGGAAAGUUCGGAAAGAAAUACGGAAAACGCCGAGGAUUAAAACGAGGCAGGGGAUACGGACGACGAAAGGGACUCAAGAAAGGAAGGGGAAGGAAAUAUAAAUUUGGAAGGAGAGGAAAGUUCGGAAAGAAAUACGGAAAACGCCGAGGAUUAAAACGAGGCAGGGGAUACGGACGACGAAAGGGACUCAAGAAAGGAAGGGGAAGGAAAUAUAAAUUUGGAAGGAGAGGAAAGGGCUAUGGUAGACGCCGAGGAAAGAAAAGGGUUGGAAGGAAAUACGGAAGGGGAAGAGGAAAAGGAAAGGGUAGAAGGAGGGGGAGGAAAUACGGAGGAGGAUACGGACCAAGAAAACGUGUUGGAGGAAAAAGACGUAUAGGAGGAAAGUACAGGAAAGGGUACCCCAAAAAGAAGAACCCUGACAACUGCUAA